GCUGCUGCUGCUGCUGCUCCGUCUCACUCUGGACUGUACGGCUGACCUCUCCAAACAAGUGCAGACAUGUUUGAUAACUCUCAGUAUCCAUACAACUGUUUCAACUAUGAUGGCGAGGGAUACCCUUCCUCCAGCACGGACGAGGAGAAGAAAAUGUGCAGACCUGCAUACAGUUACAUUGCUCUGAUAGCCAUGGCCAUCCAGCAGAGUCCCGAGCAGCGGGUCACCCUGUCAGGCAUCUACGAGUUCAUCAUGAAGAGAUUCCCUUACUACCGCUCCAACCAGAGAGCCUGGCAGAACUCCAUCAGACACAACCUCUCUCUCAACAGCUGCUUCAUCAAGGUUCCACGGACAGAGGGAAAUGAGAAGGGCAAAGGAAACUUCUGGACUUUUGCCACGGGCUGUGAGUCCAUGCUCGACCUGUUUGAAAAUGGCAACUUUCGGCGACGCCGGCGCAGGAGGAACAUGAAAAUUGGCUUUCGUGACUCCGGAGAAGCCUCCUUCCACUCCACGGAGAGCCACAGCAACCAGCACGGACCUUUGGCUCGACGGCCUGAGCCAGACCCAGCUCUGUGCCCUUUGACCUCUGACAGAGCGAGGCCGGGCGUCCAGCCGGGCCACCUCAUCCCCAACCCCAGCCAGGGGAAACCGGAGUCAGAGAUCAAGUUUAGUAUUGACUACAUCCUGUCCACUCCAGAUCCUCCGCUGCCUGGGUUCAGACCGCCCCAUGGCAGCUUACACAUAGGACCCACGGGACCUCCCAUACAUGUGCUGGAGCCCCAACACCUAAACCUGCACUUCUGGACUCUGUGAGGGAGAGGAGAGCAACACCGAGACUCCACUUGGUGUUAUUCCUUCAUUCGCAUCUGUGUCUGAAACUGGGAAAUAAGGAAACACGUCCAAAGACAGAUUCCUGAUGGGGAAUUUUAUUGACUUGAAAGUGUAAAUGAGGAACAAGAUAGAGAGGUACAGUAUUAUGUUAUGGAAUCUGAAAAAAAAGACAUCUUUAAAGAGAGUAUUAAAAUAUAUAAGAAGUCAUCUGAAAGAAAAACUUGAAUAUCACAUCAGAACAAUAUAUAUUCCAAUGUUCAUAUUGUCAUUAAAUGUACAGUGUCUAGUGCCGACAGGGUUUACAGUAUUCUCUAUGUGUACAGGAGCUGUGUAUGACACCUGUAAUGACUCUAAAACC